GUUUAGGCUUUUAUUCGGCUUUCAUGCAUGAGACUUGACCUAAAUUGUGUACUAAUUGAGUACUAAUGUUCUAAGUAAUUUGUUUGGAUCUGAAAUGCACCGUAGCUCUGGCCUUGUACCUUUACAGAAAAUAAGUCCAAAUAUGUUUUUUUUUGACGCAGACUAACAAAAUAAAAAUAGUUAUUGUCAGCUCUUAUUGCAUCACUGGAUAGGCUAAUUGGCUUUGAAUGUCACCUCUGCAUGCCAACGAAACGAAACGUGUUUGCGUCUGCUUUGCCUAAACAGACAGUUCCAUUGGGGUAAACAUGGUAACAAACGUUAACCCCAUACAUUUUAAAUGUUUCAGUUAUCUCGACAUGUAAUACCCCCAGUCUUAGGUUUAUGUACUCUUGUUUGUAUAUUUCGGUUUUUGUAUUUGCUUUUUUGUUCAUUGAAGGUUUACCCCAUGGAUAUUCAAUUUGAAAGACGUCUGCCUAAAAAAAAAGGCUAUACAAGCCAGAAUGUUGAAUAAAAUUAUAUUUACACUAUCUACAGGUUGUUUGUCCUUCUGAUGGUAGGAGGUGGAGAUAAGUGUUGUUUACCUGACUCUUUGCAGCGCCAGUAGGUUCAGCCCCGUUUAUUUUCAAUCUCCUAACACAUUGUAGUGGACUGUAGCAUGUUCCCUCAUAAUCAACUGGAAGUGUUUGUGAAAUUUGCCAGCUGAUUGAGUGGGACAACAUUCUGUCUGGUUUGGUUAGGCUCGCCCAUAUUGUGCAAGUGUUUGUCAUGUGUUAAAAGGUCGGGUUGAUAAAGCUUCCCUGUGCAUAUUUUGUCACAGAUUACCUCCAACAAAGUGGCAAAUCGUCUGAGAACUUUACAUAAAUUGAGUUUGUUCAACAUUCUGACUUGUAAUGGGACUGUUCAGGAAUACUGAGCCUACAUGUUAGAGACCAGAGUAAGUAUUUCACUCUCGGGUUUUAAGAGGCUAGCGUCCACCCACCUGCUGUGAUGCAAAUGGGGUUGAAUGAUGUGCAUGGCCUAUGUGCAUUUGCUACAUUCUUUAUCUCCAUUAUUAAUGCAAUUAUUUAAGUUAAAGGCAUUUCAAUUACAUUAUUGAUAUGAGUCAUCUUCGGUGCAUAAUAUUUUAGUGGCUUUCUGAGUGAGAACUUACAAUUGGGAAAUGUAUUGUGCAUGCAUUCCAAGUGGAAUUCUAGUGUGACUAUUGGAGCAGAGCCUUUAUUUCCUCCAGUACAGUUGAUCUAGUGACAUAGCCAGGUAACUACUAAAUGCUAAUACCAUUACAGUUCCUCAUGUGACCAAGCAGACUUAGUUACUAGGUGGACUGGUUCUUACGAGAGUUACUGUAUAGCUAGAUUGAUUCUUACCAUCUGCAGUGUAAUGGGCUUUCAAGCAGGACAGAUUAAGUUCCUCUCUCUGCUCCUUCAAGCAGGAUUAAAUAAUCAAGGAACGGUAGAGACUGGCAGGAGCUUGCCUUGCAUCCUACAGUGUGCCCUCACACAAGGCCAGGAGUUUUUCCUAAACCAUAACCUGGCCAGGAAAGAAUAAGAACCUGGAGUUUCCCUUGGCCAGGACAUGCUUCAGUCACACCAUCCCAAGUCUGUAACUAGCACAAUCAUUCCUCUGAGAAGGCCCAUCUCGCGCCAUCGCCUACCGCUCCCCAGCCUCUCGCUUGGGGAGGAUGGAUACGGAGGCAGCCUCUCCGUCUCUCUCCUCCACGGUGGCAGGGCCCUCCACACUGUGGCGUCUCGCUGAGCGGAGGAGUAGGAAGGAUGGCUCAGGGAACAUCUUUGGCGGGGUGAACCUACGUCAGCUGCAGAGGCUGUUCACGGCAGCUGGGGACCAGGAUGCAGAGCAGAGGGCCGAGCUGGUGUGGGGCCACGGGGACGAGGCUGAGCUGGCCCAGGCCCUGAUAGGACUGAGGGCGAGGGGCCGACGGAGAGGACUCAGGGUGGCGGGGCGAGACACACUGGGGUCGCGCUGGCUCCGGGCGUUUAAUCAACUGAGGAUUGGUAAGAGUUCAGAGAGUAGCCAGCAGAGCAAAGAGCAGUCAUCAGACAGCAAGACGGAGGCAAGAGCAAAACACAGCAGCCCAGACACACAGCCACUGACUCCUAAGGGCCCCAGAGGCGCUACAGGAGUCAGAGAGGACCUAACUGAGGGCCAAGGGCCUGCAGGGGCCUCUGAGAGACCAGCCAGACCAGGAGCUCUACUGAAGAAAGGAGGGGAGAGCGACCCGGAGAGGUACCUCCACCGCAUCCUCCACUGACGGACACAGAGGACUAGGAUGACUUUGUUGCCCCUAGAUGCUGAUCUUGGAUCAGUUUUUUUUCCCUUCCCUGCUAAUCAUUGUGUGUAUUAGGUGAUGGUAAAUUGAUUCUAAAUCUGUGGAUGGGGACAACUUCUAUGUGGAGUACUGACCAACCCUAGUUCAGAGAGGGACAGAGUCAAAGAUACUAUAUUUUUAUCUCUGGCCAACCAAGAUCAGAUGAAUGAAGAACAAACUGGAUCUACAAGAUGGGGAACACUUUGAUAUGAUAUUCUAACAUUUCAUUCUCUCUCAGGAACAGGCUUAUCUGUUCUUCUGUUUGUCUCGUGUCUCUGAUGAGCAUCACGUAUUAAACCUUGGAUUCAUACAAAGAAUUAAGGAAAGAGGUUUUGACUGUGUGGGGAUAUAGCAGAGCACCUCAGGGAAGCUCAAUUCCACCUGGACUUGUUUUUGAAUGAAGUAUUUGUCAUUUUAUUCUCCAAAUUAGACAAAUGUGCCAAGGUGCAUCCACAAAAAGAAAGUAAAGGAAAAUGAGUUGACGUCAACUGGAAAGGAGAUAUUUCGACCAGGGGUGUGAAACUCAUUUCAUACAGGGCCAAGUGUCUGCUGGUAUCGUUAUUUCCUUUUCAAUGUGUAAGAACAGAAACAGCAGGGGUUUAAACUUUAGAACCCAGUUCCUACAUUUGAAUAUAGAAAUAGUUUUGUUUGAUCAAAUCAAUGCUACAUUUUAUCUCUGGGACCCUCAGGAUGAUAAACCAGAGCAAGAUUACUGAAUGUAAAUACAUUCAACUCUGAAGGUAAAUCAUGUAUCAAAUCAAGUGCUGUGAUGAAAGUUGGAUGUUACUUACAUCAUUCUAGUCACAUUAGCAACAACCGUCCCGGCAUAGGGACACCGAUCCUAUAGAGGUUUUAAAGAGCCAGAUGCACAAUUAAAGGGGAAUUACACUCAAAUCAAUUUGUUUCCUUCCAGACCAAAAAUUAUUGGUAUUCUGAUGUGAUUUAAGCAUUGACAUGGACUCAGAACAUCCAUUUUUGUUGUUUCUCUAAAACAAUUUGUAAUUGUGAGUGAAAUUCAAAACAGGAAAAAUAAAACUCAACACAAUUUUGGGGGGGGAAAUCUAUGUUAUAGGACCCACCCCUUAGUUGUUUUAUUAACCAUUCUUUUACCAGGUAUAUUGACAGAACACUGCACUACUUUCUCUUGUACACUAAGGAUCCGAGGAAGAGUUUCAGGGGAGAGGAGAAGAAUGUUCCUAUUCGAAAGCUAGAUAAAAUUAGUAGCUCGUAACUUUAAAUUUAAAAAAAAAAAUUUGUUCUCAUGCUAGAAAAGGUUGGCUAUAAAUAGGGUAAAAUUCUGGGCCCUAGAUGUAGCCUGUAACUAGGACACAUUUUCUUGGUCAGGUGACAGGAAAAACUCAUGGCCCAACUCAUACCUCGUUAAUGUACAAGGAAAGAGAAACCUGGGAAAAUAUGUCAAUAUGUCACAUAUCACUUCAAUAUGUUAAUGUUGUCUUAACUUUAAUUUGACACUACAGUAUAUUGUCUUCCACACAUAUGGUAACGGAACUUAAAUUCAUUGAAUAAAUAAAAAAUUAAAAUAUAUAUAUAUCUACAGUUGAAGUUUACAUACACCUUAGCCAAAUGCAUUUUAACUCAGUUUUUCACAAUUCCUGACAUUUAUAGUAAACAUUCCCUGUCUUAGGUCAGUUAGGAUCACCACUUUAUUUUAAGAAUGUGAAAUGUCAGAAAAAUAGUAUAGAGUGAUUUAUUUCAUCUUUUAUUUCUUUCAUCACGUUCCCAGAGGGUCAGAAGUUUACAUACACUCAAUUAGUAUUUGGUAGCAUUGCCUUUAAAUUGUUUUACUUGGGUCAAAUGUUUCAGGUAGGCUUCCCACGAUAAGUUGGGGGAAUUUUAGCCCAUUCCUCCUGACAGAACUGGUGUAGCUGAGUCAGGUUGGUAGGCCUCCUUGUUCGCACACACCUUUUUCAGUUCUACCCACAAGUGUUCUAUAGGAUUGAGGCCAGAGCUUUGUGAUGGCCACUCUAAUACCUUGACUUUGUUGUCCUUAAGCCAUUUUGCAACAACUUUGGAAGUAUGCUUGGGGUGAUUUGUCCAUUUGGAAGAUCCAUUUGCGACCAAGCUUUAACUUCCUGACUGAUGUCUUGAGAUGUUGCUUCAAUAUAUUCACAAUUUUCCUUCCUCAUGAUGCCAUCUAUUUUGUGAAGUGCACCAGUCCCUCCUGCAGCAAAGCACCCCCACAACAUGAUGCUGCCCCCCCAUGCUUCAUGGUUGGGAUGGUGUACUUUGGCUUGCAAGCCUCCACCCUUUUUCCUCCAAACAUAACUAUAUGGCCAAACAAUUCUAUUUUUGGUUCAUCAGACCAGAGGACAUUUCUCCAAAAAGUACGAUUUUGGUCCACAUGUGCAGUUGCAAACCGUAGUCUGGCUUUUUUAUGGCAGUUUUGGAGCAGUGGCUUCUUCCUCGCUGAGCAGCCUUUCAAGUUAUGUCGAUUAUAGGACUCGUUUUGCUGUGAAUAUAGAUACUUUUGUACCUGUUUCCUCCAGCAUCUUCACAAGGUCCUUUGCUAUUCUGGGAUUGAUUUGCACUUUUCGCACCAAGAUAUGUUAAUCUCUAGGAGACAGAGCGCGUCUCUUUCCUGAGCGGUAUGAAGGCUGCGUGGUCCCAUGGUGUUUAUACUUGCGUACUAUUGUUUGUACAGAUGAACGUGGUACCUUCAGGCGUUUGGAAAUUGCUCCCUAAGGAUGAACCAGACUUGUGGAGGUCCACAAUUGUUUUUGAGGUCUUGGCUGAUUUAUUUUGAUUUUCCCAUGAUGUCAAGCAAAGAGGCACUGAGUUUUGAAAGUAGGCCUUGAAAUACAUCCACAGGUACACCUCCCAAUUGACUCAAAUGAUGUCAAUUAGCCAGUCAAUAAUUUGUCAAUUAUCAGAAGCUUCUAAAGCCAUUACAUAAUUUUCUGGAAUUUUCCAAGCUGUUUAAAGGCACAGUCAAUUUAGAAUAUGUAAACUUUCUGACCCACUGGAAUUGUGAUUAAGUGAAAUAAUCUGUCUUUAAACAAUUGUUGGGAAAAUUACUUAUGUCAGGCACAAAGUAAUGUCCUAACCAACUUGCCAAAACUGUAGUUUGUUAACAAGAAAUUUGUGGAGUGGUUGAAAAAUGAGUUUUAAUGUCUCCAACCUAAGUGGAUGUAAACUUCUGACUUCAACUGUGUGUGUGUAUUAUAUAUAUAUCAUCAAAGGUUUGAUUGUAGAAUGUUUCUAUUUUUAAGACGUUAAUGUGAUUGCAUAGUUUGAUUAAAGGUUUUGAUUAAUA